UGCUCUCUUCCCUCUUCUCUUCUCACUUGAGAGAUUUUCCUUCAGAGAGAAGAAUACGCAGAUACAAUACAUACAUAUGAAGCAGCCUGCUAGUUAGUUUAUCAGAGAAAAUCCAGAAAUCAAGGCUGAGGAGAACAAUGGGGAAAGGAAGAGCACCUUGCUGUGAUAAAACUAAAGUCAAGAGAGGCCCAUGGAGUCCUGAAGAAGACCUUAAGCUCAUUACCUUCAUUCACAAACAUGGCCAUGACAACUGGAGAGCUCUUCCUAAGCUCGCAGGAUUGGUGAGAUGUGGAAAAAGCUGUCGCUUGAGAUGGAUCAACUACUUGAGGCCUGAUGUGAAGCGUGGCAAUUUUUCUAAGGAAGAAGAGGACACCAUUAUAAACCUUCACCUUGCCUUAGGAAACAAGUGGUCAAAGAUUGCAUCUUAUUUGCCUGGAAGAACAGACAAUGAGAUCAAGAAUGUUUGGAACACACACCUCAAGAAAAGAUUGAAACCCAAGACAUCACAGUCUAACGUUGCUGAUGUCUCAUCAUCCUCUGAAUCAUCUUCUUCCUCUGAAAAAAUGGAGCAAGACUCAGAGAAACAAGCUGCUUCCAAGGAACCCAUCAAUGGCGUCACAGAGGACCCAAAAGAGUCACCAGCCUCGUUCUCUUCUUCUGAUCACUCAUCAAAACCAGAAGAGGAAGGACAGAUUUUGGAGUCUUUGCUUAAAGACGAUGAUCCUCUGCUUCAAAUCCCGAUGGAAACGUUGGACCUUGACAUCUGGAACAUUCUGGAGAGUCCAGAAUCCUUCCAAUCAAGUGAUUUCCAGGUCCCUAGUUCUUCUGAAGAUGCAGACAACAACAAAUGGUUUCGUGAUUUAGAGAAUGAACUUGGACUCGGAACGACAGCAGAGGGAUUCAACCUAGCAAGGAAUAAUGUUGAUGAUGUAGACAUGGCUUUUCUGGAAUCACCAUGGUCCUCUUGGCAAGAAAUUUACAAUCUUUAACUGAUCAAAAGUAAAUUAAUACAAAGUCCUGAGUAGUUUUUAUUUUUUAGUGUCAAAAGUCCAAGUGAUUACAAGUCCAAACAAUCACUUCGUGAUUUUUACUAGGCAGGAACAGGAACAGGAGGAUUCACUGAAAUAUUGAUGUGAAAUUAAGAAAAGAUACAGAGAGAAAAGCAAGUCUUGCUUCUGUGAAACCCAAAACAUGUACAGAGGUGAGACUGAUCAUCUCUUGAUUUUUUUUUUCUUUGAAAAGUAUUUUAGAAAAUCCGAGUGGAUUAUAUUAGUUGGUAUUUUCUCAUUCCUCAGAGAGUCAUACAAAAAGAAAGCAAGGUGAUUAGAUGUAUUAUUGUUAGAACAUUGAAGUAUACAUAGAUGAUGAUACAGGUUUAUUUGAA